CAAACAACUAUUGGAAUCUCAAGUGAGAAUGGCAGAAUGUAGCAGAGAUCCAAAUCAUGGACGAUUGCGACGCAUUCCAUGUGUACAGGGAGACGACCAUGUUAGCUAGAUGGGCAUACAUUUCCUUGAAAUAAAUUUUGGCCGCUGCUAUGUGCCAACUGUUUAAAUUCAUUGCACAAGGAAAACAAGAGGAAGAAAUUGAGAAAAUUGGCUGUGUUUUACGCAUGCUUCUGUGUUCAUGCUGCAAAAUCUAAAUAAAAUAUAGCAAGCGAAACGCUUUCUGCAGUUAAUUCUUCAGUCACUUAACACAUCAUCAUGUCAUUCAGUGCACAUAUAGCUUCAAGUUAUUUGUAAAUUCAUACUGGAAAAAAAAGAAGACAUCUGCAUUAUCGAUUUUAUUGGAGAUGAAGAAAAGAAAUCAAUUACAUCAGUAAAUACAGUUAUAUUGAACCGUUAUCACUGCUCAUAGUUAUUAUCAUAGGUUAGAAAACUCUGGAAAAUGAAAUGGUUAGGUAAUUGGUUAGAAAAUGUAAGAGUAUCUAAAAAAAUGCAUUUCAAAUAUUGCUUAUGCCAAAAAUUGAAGGUGCUUGGAAAUAGAACCACUUAAUUUGGGGCUUAAGUAAUAAUUAUAGUGGAAUUAAGUACAGGAAGAGCUCCCACAUUCAGAUACUAAAUUAUUCCAGACAUAAUUUGCUCAUUAUUUGGAGCAUGAGCAUUCUUAAUCAGAAGGGAACAAUUUAGGUUUACGUUACUUUGUCAAGUACUGUACGAAGUGAUCUGUGUGCUGUGACAAGCUAAAAGAGAAAAAAAAAAUCCUUUUAUGUCAGAAAUAGUUAUGCAUUGAGGCUGUUAUGAAUGGAAGGUUCCUUUCACUAUUACUCAUUGCCUCAUUAUAAAAAUGAGCCUUAGAGUUAAGAAGUGCUGAUGGUUGGAGGAGUUUAUCCAUAAAAAUGAUUAAGCUGAAACAGUGGUUCCUGAAGUCAAGGAUCAGAUAUCUUUGUGCCAUUUGUCUUUAUCGUACUCUCUUCAGAACUCUGUAUGCUGUGCAUUAUUUGGCUCAAGAACAUGUUAACUAGAAAGUUAUUUCAAAUACUUUUAUGUUAGAGCAUUUGCAUGUGGUGGGAGCUAAAUGUAGCAUAUUAAGAAUGCAGUAUUAUGUGCAAUCUAUUUCAUGGGGUCUCCCUAGAACAUUCUUACUUGACGGGGUACUGACACACACUGCCCAUGCUUUUUGUGCUUGAAAGGAUGACGGCAAGAACAAAGGUUAGAAAACGAGUGAAUUUAAUGCUUAAUAAGAUGCUCGAAAUGCCAGGUCUGGCAUCAUCAACAUUAUUGUGAUGCGACAAUGAGAAAAAUUUGCGGAUGUCAUGUAGCAGUAAAGCUCGGGCACGAUGCCAUUGCCAGUAAAAAUUAAAAAAAAAAGUGAGAGAGAGAGACAGCUGUGUGGUGCUUUUUCCAGCUGCACUCGUGUGUGGCAGCUGCAUGUAGCAAAGGCAGAAUCGGAAUGAGCCAGUCUAUUGUGACAUCCUGAAGCAUGCAUCCACAUUCUUGGUGCCAAAACUGAAACUAUUUCAUAGAAGAAGGAGCAUUGCAGUAAAUUAUUUAGGGUACUGUGAUGAUUGCCAGUAGUUUUUGUACAGUUUUGAAGUCCAGGACCUUCAUUUAAUGAAAAAAAAAAUGACUGAAAGCAUGAGUGAGUACUUCUUUAAUGGCCUUCGAUUGUGGUGUUUGUUACUGGGUGCACUAGUAGGAGUUUUAGCAUAGGCUAAUGUAUUUGGGAAUCGCUCCAGAUGCUGUGGUUACUUUCAUAAGCACUCAAUUCAAAUUAUUGUAUCUGGCCUCUUGUUUCAUCGUGGAACACCCUCUGUCUUCCUGUUACCAUCCUCCUAGCUGCCAUUGAACCUGAGUAUAAAUGAUGUGGCCAGUUCCUUUCAGUGAGGGCACCUUCGAAUCCUUUUCAUUAUCUCAUUAGUAGUUUCUGGGAAGAAGUAAAGGUAAUGUUUUUUUUAUAUUGGUAUGACAAUGCAGUGACUGGAAUAGCUCUUAAAGCUCUAUUGGCACUUCUGGGAACUACAUGUGUUUCGCCAAAUUAACAUGGAGACAGUUAAUGUUUUUGUAAAUAAUCAAUUUAGUGAUUGUAUAGAGCAUAGGAAGAACUAUGGGCUUUUUAAACAAGUAUGCAGCAUGUGACAUUCUUGCAGAAGAAGGUGGAACAGUAGAAUCUUAAGUGUUGCAUGUUGUGGGUGUUCACAAUGGACCUGAUGCAAGUGACCCGUACCCGUAAACGCUUAAACCCGUAAACGCUUCAGCGCAACAUGUAGGGCCUGUAAUGGCAUUGCGUUGGUGCCACUGUGCUGCCUGUAAAGAGCGGUGCCAGUGAAAUUGUAUCAUUUUCAGAUUAUGAGCACUGAUAAUUUUUUUUUCACUUUUUAAUAAUCGGAACAUUUAGGAUAAAAUGCAUACGCUGUGAAUGAAAGCUUUCAUGAGUUCAGCUAGCACGCUGUGAUUCUAAAAAAAAUUGGUUGGAUAAUUCAAUCAAAAAGAUAAACCUCGUCUAACCAACUUUUGUGAUUGGGCAAUAUAGCAUCUAUUUUGCAUAUAAAACAUAGGAAAAUAUACAGCUUAGCUAUAGCUUACCUAUACAUAAAUAAAUAUAGAACAUCAUGACAACGGCAACACCGAAAAUUUGUUAAUUCUCGCAAAGCCUGGGCGCAUGGUGUUGAAUGCCAAAUUAAGAGUGUCAAUCUGCAGUCGCUUUUGCAACCUAGACAGUGAUUCAUCAGAUUAGAAUGCCUUACCAGAGCAGAAAUUCACAUUUGUCGUGGAACCCAUAUUCUGUAAACUUCUGUUGUUGACUGUACGUACACAUACUUUGGUACAUCUCUGCUGUACUGAAACUCACUAUUGCUAAAUUACAAAUUUUUUUUUUCGUGUUUAAAUGAUAAAUAUCUAUGCUGUGUGGGCUGUUCAAGGUCUUUCAUUUAGAUUACUGGUAUGAGUGGCUGGUCAUGUACUGGAGGGAUUGGCACUUGUUGCUAGUUUGAAUCUGAAGAAUACCACUUGUGUAUCGAUGGAUGUGCCACCAUUUUCAGCCCUCACACCACAUUUAAGCCAUGUUGGCUAUAUACUGCACGCAAUCAGUUUAAGUUAUGUUUAGUUCACAACUGGACCUCUGUGGAGCUGUAGGUUGGGUGUGGGCCGUAGUAUGGAAACUAUGGUGGUUUCUGCUGUUUACACAUGGAGUCAGUGAUGACAAAAUUUUCUCCUUCUCCUAUUACUUUCUUCUUUUUUUUUUGCUCCCUACAGGAUGGUUGUCAAUCCCUACAAGACACAUUUUUGUCCUCUUGGGCUUUCUUGCCCUUGUGAAUGUCUACACUCUCAGAGUGAGCCUAAGCGUGGCCAUUGUGGCAAUGGUGAAGCAUCCUGCAGAAGAGGUGGUCACUGUAAAUGGAACAAGCUUCAUCAAUUAUACCCAGUGCCAACCAGAUGAUGAUUAUCAUUUGACCACUUCUGAUCCACCAGCAGGGCAGCGUGGUGAUCAGGCGGAGCGCUUUGACUGGGAUGCCCAGGUGCAAGGCCUGGUGCUGGGAUCCUUCUUCUACGGCUACAUCUUGACAGUGCUGCCAGGAGGUGUGCUGGCUGAACAGUUUGGGCCGAAGUGGCUCAUUGGCCUUGGUGUUGUCAUCACCAGCCUGCUGUCCAUGGUGCUCCCCGCAGCUGCACAUGCCCACCACCUGAUUGUGGUUGCCAUCCGCAUACUUCAGGGUCUGGCAGAGGGGGUUGUGUUCCCUGCCAUGCACACCAUGAUUGCAUUAUGGACGCCGAUCACUUCUCGGAGCCGUGUCAUCUCGAUCGUGCAGUCUGGCUCUGAUGUUGGUGCUGUGGUUGCCAUGAUGGCAUCUGGUGUUCUAGCUGAAUCAACAUUUCUUGGUGGCUGGCCAUCUAUCUUUUAUAUCUUUGGCUUUGCAGGUAUUAUCUGGUUUAUAGCCUGGUGUUUACUGGCAUUUGACACACCUAGCCAGCACCCCAGAAUCUCAAGAGAAGAACUGGAGUUCAUUAUUGCCAACCAGGGAAAUGAACAGGCGCAGCUGAAGCGGAAGGUUCCAUGGCUCAAGAUAUUGCUGUCCAUCCCUGUUUGGUCGAGUGUCCUCUCACACUUUGGCUUCAAUUGGAUUCACUAUAUUUUUCUCUCUGAAAUGCCCACAUACCUGACAUCAGUGCUGCAUUACAGCCUCGGAGCAAAUGGAUUGCUUUCUGCAGUCCCCUACGUGCUCGGAGCCUUCCUGUGUUGUGUAGCCAGCCUAGUGGCCGAUGUCUUUCGAAAACGUGGCACCAUGUCUAUCACCAACAACAGGAAGCUGUUCAAUAGCUUAGGUGUACUGGUGCCUGGCCUAUUCCUGUUGCUGGUGCCCUUGGCUGGCUGCAAUGGUUUCUGGAACAUGGUACUGCUUGCCGUUGCAGGUGGCUUUCACGGAAUGGGGCAUAGCGGUUUUAUGGCUGCUUUUGUUGAUCUUGCACCAGACUUUGCAGGUACCCUUCUGGGAAUAUCCAAUGUAAUUGCCAGCAUUCCCGGAAUUGCCAUACCAGCCAUGCUAGGCGAACUGCUCAAGGAACGGAGUCCCCUUGAAGCGUGGGCACUGUUUUACUACAUAGGGAGUGCAAUAGGCAUAAUCACAGCCCUGGAGUUUAUCCUGCUUGGCUCAUCAGAACUGCAGAGUUGGGGAGUUGACACAAUGUUCAAGGUUGUCGUUAAAUACGGCACUUCUCAAUCCAUCCAUCUUGGAGCUGAACCAACAGGGGAUGAGAACCAGUCGCCUCUUACAAGCUAGUGCUUGUAGCAGAUUUCACAGUAGAGGGCGCACCUUCUUUAUAACACUCGAUAGCUUGUGCAUUAUUGUAUAGCGUGUGUGUACCACAUCUUUGCAUUUGUCGCUCAUGUGGUAAACAGGCCAGUAACUGCGGUCCAUUAGGAUGGCUGUACAAGCUUUUACAGAUUUGUGUGGCAUAUUCUUGCUUUUGCAAGCUGCCAUGUGCGGUCUCUACAGUUCCGGGCACUGUUUCAUGGGAUGGUUAUUACUGAGGACUUUUGAAACAUCGUACAGGGCCCAACGAAUUAAAUGUGAUAAAUCAUGUUGAUGCGAUGGGCUGCUUCCCAUUUGUGACUAAAAUAAGGUGAAGGUUUUGCUUGCUGUAUCCCAAAGCAGUAGUUUCCAUGGCAUCACAACAAAUGCCAAUAGCAGACUGCUCAAGUUAUUGCUUGCAUUUUUUGAGCACUGUAUUCACAUGCAACAGAUGCCUGGACUUGGUAUGACCAUGCAUGCCUGUGCUGCAACUUGCCACUAAUACAUAAACAAGCAGCCUGAGUUGGUUUAUUGCAAUUGCUUUGUUACACUCUUGAGAUCGAUCAUCUGAAACUUCUUUUGCUGGCUUUUAUGUCAAGUUUGUUUUCCUGUCAUGAAAUUUUAGCCUGAAAGCUGGAUUUCUUGGUUUGAUGAGUCUUCCCGGCCUGUUUCCCUAAUUAUUUGCCCUGAACGUGUUUCAUACAUCUGCAGCUCUUCUACCAUGUUUAGGAAGUUAUCAUUGUGGCUUGAACUGUGAUAUGCCUACAAUCCAACAGGAACAAAGGGCCUUAUAGUGUGCUGUACUUUAAACAAGCUUUUCUUUUUCUACAGGAUUGACACUUUAGACGAAAGAGGUAAAAGAAUUAGUGUUUAUAAUUUUAUAUGUUUGUUGGGUGAUGCAUUGCACUUAUUAUUGCUUUAUGGCCAUCAGCUUAUGUGAAAUAUAUUGAGUGUACUCUGUGCCCGCUGAGCGUUCUGCUUGAAUAUUUCUGUUCCAGGUAUUAUUUUUGUGAUGAUUGUGAAGUCUAGAAGCCUUACUAGUAUUAGUUUGGUGGAAGUCAUUGUGGAGAAAAAACUAUCUCCUCACAGUUGAAAAAAGCAGCCUGUACUUGAAAAACGCAGUCUGCAGCUCCUCUGCUUUUAAUGCAGAGCUGGUCCCACGACUUGUCUUUUGUUUUUUUCCUCAGACAUUGCGCUUUAUGCUGUGUGAAAAUCUUAACUUUUCCAUGGCUCCCAGCAGCCUGGAACAAUUUUUUAGUUGACUGUACCAGUUGCGGCGGUUCUCGCCUACUUGUUUUGUGGUUUAUGCUAUUGGGUAAUGAAAACAAGCACUUGACUGAAGUUCCAUGGUGCUGGUUUUGUUAAUGGUGCCACACUGUGAUGAUGGUAAGAAAAGUUGAAAGGUCAGGUGUGAGAAGUUGCAAGCCAUUAAAUUCACUACAAAGUUCCUGAUUUUGUUGCAUGCUUUUCUUCACUUCAUUGUUGCUUUCAUACAGGGAUAUGCAAUGUGAAGCAGAGAUGUGCAGUUUAUAUCUCUGUUUUAAUUGAUAGGUGCCCCUAUUGUGUGGCUUUAAGCCCAUAGGUGUUUUUGCUUUUUUGUUCUCUUUUGGUCUUAGUUCUAAUCUGUUUUGGAGGUAUAUGGGAGGAGUUGAAUAUUGCUUUGUCAGAGUGGUAUUUCUUGUAUUAUCAGACAUGUGUACAGGUGCUCUAAGCUCCACUGGCACAGAACUGAUAUGUAAUCUAAAAAGUGCCUUUUUCUACUUAUAAUGACAAUAUAUGAAGCUUAUAUAUGAUGAGCUGAAACUUGUUUACUUUGAAAAAGUAGUGGGCAGUGCCACGUUUUCUUCGCUUUUAUGAGCAUUUAUGAACAAAAUCACAAAUAGAAUCCUGCAGGGAGUGUGCUGCUAUUCCCGUAUCAAAGUUUACUAUGUGUACACUGGUGGUCGAAAACAAGAAUUUUGUAAGUACUAACCACUUUCACAGGCAGCAUCUCAACAAAUUUUAUGCAAACUACACUGGUGCACUUGUUGAACACUUGCACCGCUGUUGAUAAGCUGAGCUUGUUAAGCACCCAACAUGAUUUACACUAUAUUUAUAUUCAUUAACAUUGUGAAUGUAUUUGUUGUUCUAGUGAUUAUACACUGCCACAGUCAGCACAAAGCCGGUUAUUAGUCAUAUUAUGCAAAUAUUUAAUGAAGUUUCUUACCUCAAGCAACUUAUUAGUUGCGUGCGGUUACAGUUGAAUUAUUUUUAAUAGUAGCUACAUGGCCAACUUAAGUGCCAAAUGAAAGUGUGUAAGCCAGAUGUCAAAUUAUAAAACUUUUUUAUUGCUGUGCAUUUGUGCUUUUUGUACUCUGUGGUAUUGAAAUGCAGCAGUCUGACUUUUUAAUUGCUGCCAUUUAUUGCAAUAAAGUUUUGAAGACCUGUUAAA